UGCUUAUUCUUUGGUUACCCUCUUCCACUCUCUUCUCCUUUUGGCUCUUCCCAUUCUCUCUCUUUCUCUCUAUCUUUCUUUUUUUCUGUCCUGUAGAGAGAGAAGAAAACCAAAAGCCAAGCAGCAGAUAUGUUACUGGGUCCAAGAUUGAGUUUUGGCUUACCUUAAAGAUAAUGAGUAGAGCCUUCAUUGUCUUCUUCCCUCUAGAAGAAGGAGAAGAUGGUUUUCCCUUUAGAUUCCCAGCUCCAAAAUCCAAUUUCUGCUCUUCUUGAUGGCCUUUACUGUGAGGAAGAUCGAUUCUUGGAUGAUGAUUUAGGUGAAUGGUCUAGUUUAGAUGUGGGAAAUGAGAAAUGGGUUGAAAAUGAUAAAAAAACUCUACCUUUAUUAGAAUGUGACAUGUUUUGGGAAGAUGAUGAGCUUGCCACACUUUUAUCUAAGGAAAAAGAGUCUCAUUUGAGUUUUGAUAGCUUAAAUUCAGAUGGGUUUUUAAUGGGGGCUAGAAAAGAGGCUUUGGAUUGGAUGUUGAGGGUCAUUGGUUACUAUGGUUUCACUGCUACCACUGCUGUUUUAGCUGUGAACUAUUUUGAUAGGUUUGUAUCUGGAUUCUGCUUUCAGAAAGAUAAGCCUUGGAUGAGUCAGCUUGCUGCUGUUGCCUGUCUUUCCAUUGCUGCUAAAAUGGAGGAGACCCAAGUCCCCCUUCUGUUAGACCUUCAAGUUGCUGAUUCUAGAUUUGUGUUUGAGGCAAAGACAAUACAGAGAAUGGAACUCUUGGUGCUUUCCACUCUUAAGUGGAAAAUGAAUCUGGUGACACCACUGUCCUUCAUUGAUCAUAUUAUGAGGAGAUUUGGAUUCAUGACCAACCUGCAUUUGGAUUUUCUUAAGAAGUGUGAACGCCUCAUUCUUGAUAUCAUCACUGAUUCUAGGCUCUUGCAUUAUCCCCCAUCUGUUAUUGCAACUGCAUCAAUGUUUUUUGUGAUCAAUGAGAUUGAGCCUCGCAAUGCUAUUGACUACCAGAAUCAGCUCAUGAGUGUUCUUAAAGUCAGAAAGGACAGCCUUGAGGAAUGCCAUGAUCUUAUUCUUGAGCUAAUGGGCACUUCCUGUUACAAGCUCUGCCAAAGCCUCAAGCGCAAGCAUCAAUCGAUACCUGGCAGUCCAAGUGGUGUUAUUGAUGCUUAUUUUAGUAGCGAGAGCUCUAAUGAUUCAUGGUCAGUAGCAUCUUCGAUUUCAUCCUCACCUGAACCUCAGUAUAAGAGAAACAAAACUCAAGAUCAGCGAAUGACACUAGCUCCACUGGGUAGUAAUCUUCACUGAUCGAUAUCUUGUUCACUAGAUUAUCUAGUAUUUCGGCAAUGAUUACUCUAUGAUCUCUCUUUUUUGGUAUGUUCUCUUAAAAUGCAAUUGCACAAUGCUCUGAUGUUCUGUUUAAGUUUUACUGGACUUAAUUCUCGUCUGGAUGGUCUAGACAAUGUGAACAUCAACUCCACCCCCCUCCUUCAUAGGAAAUGGGAUUGGUGGAGUUUUCCCUUGAGUUGAAUCAAUGCUGCUGAAUUAUGUUGAAUACAAUCAUUAUCAUCGAUGAAUUAUGAUUCCAAUA